AUGACCACACGCCAUCGCCUCGGGCGCACCGAUGAAGCAACAGAGUCUAUUUUCCAGUACCAGGCCGUGUGCGAACGACUCCAAGACUACCGCCAGCUUGUCUGGCUUGCAUGCGCCGCGACCUCGCUGCUGACCACAAGGCAUCUGUUGAUUGAAAACAAUCUGCACUAUCCCUUGGAACUGUUCAUUUGCCAAAUUGCGGCUACGGCAAUUGUCGCUUCCUUUUUACAUCCAUGGAGAUCGAACGUCCAGGAAGCCAGCGGGCAAGAACAACGUAGAAAGCGAACAGUUCAAGGCGCGUUCUUAAUGGUCGCGUCAACCGGCUUGCAAGCAGUAUCGGCAUUCUGCACAGUACAGGCAGUCCUGCAUACUUCGAAUCUACCUCUCCUCUGCAUGAUCACAACCAUAGCCUUCUUCGCCGAAAGUCUGGUACUCUACGUAUUCAACUACAAUUCUCGCUCAAAUGCUGAAAUCCUGUCUUUGAGUUUGCUUCUUCCAGCUUGUGCUGGGAUAUUGUUCAUGGAGUACAGGCUGAUGGUGCCAAGCUUGAUCGCAUCUAUUUUGGCAAUGCUCCUUGUCGGCACUGCUAGUGCACUGAGGAAACUGGUUGCUAAACACUACCCAGGAGACCGUGCUACUCGAAGUACGAAUGCGGUUUGGUUGGUUGGUAUGGGAAGCUUACUUGCGUUUGUCUGCGCUGUCGGCAAUUGGCCUGGUGAGCAAUGGGACACAUUCAACGUCAGUAGCCUACCUCUCCGCACCCUAAAUGCUUUAUCGACCGCGGCGGCCUUUUUAGCUGGAGGCUCGAUACUUUUUCCACUGGACAUGCAGUCAGAGAGUCCACUACCUGGAAGCGGCCUUGCAGCAACACAACGCGUGCGCAGCGUAACGUCGAUUUUAGCCAUGAUGGCAAUCAUAGGUUGCUCAACGGUCCUCUCGUUACGUCGCUCAUACACCAGUUGGCAACAACUAUCCUGCUUCCUCUUCGCAAUCCUAUGUGUCUGUAGUAAAGAUGUCUAUGACACAGUUUGGAAGCAGGCUGUUCGCCGAAAAGAUCCUCGCGGAAGCUACGACCUUGUUUCGCGUUCACCCAGAGCAGAACCAGAUGAUGAGGAAGAAUGCGGAACGAAAUCACAACGCGCUCCACGAACAGGAUCGCAAAGCAACAGUCUUCGUUCACCCUUGAUCAGUCUAGCCCUGGUCAUGCUGUGGACAGCAUUUAUAAGUUUCAACUUUGGACAACGACAAUUUCCCCGAGUGGAGCCGCAUCUGGAUCUACAAUACGAACCCAUCGGUCCUCUAGAAGUUGUUAUCAGCAUGUACAAAGAGCGCACCGAGGAUGUCGCAGCACUUAUAGCAAAAUUGGAGAGUAUGUCGCAGAUGUCAGAGGCUCUUAUCACGAUUUACUUGAAGGACAGCGAGGCGGACGAAAGACAGAUUAAGCAAGAAACGAACGCGCACGAAGUGAUAAAGCUUCCAAACGUAGGACGCGAAGCCGAAACGUACCUUAACCAUAUCGUCAACCGCUGGGACAGUCUCGCCGAGAGAACCGUGUUCCUCCAAGCUGAUGUUCAUAACCCACGAGAGUUCUACCCAUUUUUCGAGCGAUACUUCCGUGCGAACCAGACGGGUUUCCUCAACCUAGGAUGGGCAGGCAUUCUUUGCAACAGCGACGACUGUGGGGACAAGCGCGGUUGGCAGGACGAAACCUCGCUGUUCCCGAAUUUACAAUCCCGAAUCGACGACUCCCACCGUGAGAACGUUCUCCUCAGCUACAAGGGCCAAUUCGUUGUCACCGCAGCACGUAUCCGCGGCAUCGACAAAUCCAUCUACGAUGAACUAUGGCAGCUCCUUGUCGAUGAGAACAGCUGGGCCCACCAGGAACCCUACCUUCAAGGACGACCCGAUUCAAUGAGCCAGCCGUGGUUCGGAUACACAACGGAGAGGAUAUGGAAUUUGCUGUUUCAGUGCUCAGACAUGGACGUCGCAUGGCGGUGUCCGACUCUGUUGAGCGGAUGGAGACCUGGCGGUAGCAUUGCGGACUGCCAGUGCUUUGAUUCAGAGCUGGUGGAGUAG